AUGAAGAGUAGUGAUAGGGAUUUCCUUUGCCUAGAUUUGUUGACCGAAAUCCUCAAAUUGCCUGUUAAGUCCAUCAUUCGUUUCAAUUGUGUGUCAAAGCAAUGGCGCCACCUCUUUCGCAAUCCCGACUUCGUUUCCCGCCAUUUUAACAUCGCCCGGAAGAAGAAGUUUCUCAUCGUAUAUUAUUGCGAAGGUACCCUCGACAUACCCGUCGUUGUCAUGCACUUGUUUGUCGAUCAAGACCUCGUCGCUUACCGCAACAUGCGUCGACAGUUGCCGCCACAUUUCGUUAAUCUGUUCGUUUUCAACUUUUGUGUCGAGAGUGGACUGAUUUGUUUGUUUGAUCGGACCAAGUCUCGUAUAACCAUAUCUAAUCCCGCCACGAGGGAGUUCAAGAUCCUCCCCGAAUGCAACGAUGGCAUUCCGGACAAGUCGUAUACUUUCGCGCACACUCUUGGAUUCGGAUUGGACCCUUUGUCCAAUGACCACAAGGUGGUUCAUAUUCGGUCGUACGUGGACGAAGAAACCAACAUUCAAGGACCGGAUCAUUAUGCUGUCUACAAUAUGAGUACUAAUUCAUGGAGGGUGAUCAAACACAAAGAGUCUUGGUUGUUCGAGUGUCUCGGGGUUUGUCCGAACGGAAGUAACGCAUGUGCGAACGGUGUUUAUUAUUGGCUGACGGACUAUAACAUCCUAGCAUUUCAUUUGGGCCGAGAAGUUUUUCAGUUGAUCGAGUCACCCUGCGGUGGAUCGUUUGGGAGGCUGCUUCCUUUGAACGACCGGAUAUCGUUUUGGGAUACCGAGAUGAUGGACAAAAGUGCAAGGACUAAUGAGGUUUGGAUAUUGAACGAUGAGUCCCGUUGGACCAAGUUAUUGAAGAUAGAACCGAGUCCGGAUUUCGAAAAGAUGUUCGGGUUUUGGAAGUACGGCGAGGUAUUAGCCGAAUCGGCAACCGGAGAGUUCGUGCUUUGCGAUCUCGAGACACAUAACUCUCGUCAGCUCGGGAUUAAAACUAGGGUUCGUGGAGAUUUACUUCAGGUAUAUACUUACGAGGAAAAUCUUGUUUCGAUAAAAAGAGAUUAG